AUGAAUGAAGAGAUAGAAAAGACUGUUACAAAGAUAAGAAGCCCUUUUGAUACUGAUUCCUUAGAGAAGUUCUUGACAUCGGAUAUUAGUCAGAAUUCUCAAGUAUCAUUGGGUGUUGAAAUUCCUAAAUGGAAAGCACCUUUGACUAUCAAACAGUUCACUUUUGGUCAAUCCAAUCCAACUUACCUUAUAAUUGAUGGUGACAACAAAUUGAGUGUUAUGAGAAAGAAACCUUCACCCAACGCUAAAUUGGUUUCGAAAUCGGCUCAUGCAAUUGAAAGAGAGUUCUUUAUUUUGAAUGGAAUCAAUAGAUUGAAUCAAAAUACCGAUAAGAAGGUACCGAUUCCUCAAACUUAUUUUCUUUGUGAAGAUGAAUCAGUUAUUGGCUAUGUGUUCUAUGUAAUGGAAUUCAUUGAUGGGACUUCAAUCAAAAACCCUGAUAUGACAGCCAUUAGUGAUGAAAAGAGACAAGUUUUAUGGAAUUCUAUCAUGGAAACUAUUACAGCCAUUCAUUCUUUAGAUGCAGAAAAAUUGAUUGAUUUGUUACCUGAAAAGCAUUUCCCACAAUUUAAGAAACCUUCUAAUAAGAGCACAAGUUAUUUUGAAAGACAAAUCAAAACUUUGGCUGCAGUUUCCCAAAAGCAAAGUGAAGUGGUUGAUCCAAUUCCUGAUUUCAAUAAAAUCACAUCUUAUAUUCUCAGGAAUGCCCCUAAAGAUCCUACCAAGUUGUCAUUGAUCCAUGGUGAUUGUAAAAUUGAUAAUUUCAUCUUCAGUAAAGAUCAGACCCGAGUAAUUGCGGUUUUAGAUUGGGAGUUAUGUACUUUCGGGCAUCCUUUAUUCGACUUAGCCAACUUCUUACAAAACUUUCAGUUACCUAAUCAGUUAAACAGGAUGAUGUUUUCCCCAUUGAAAACUCAGAUGGGAAUAGAAAAUCCAGAAUCUCUUGCUUUGAUAAAGGAAAAAUUGAAAUUGUAUUAUGAAAAAUUGGGACAUCCUUGGGAUGAAAAUGAUCCAUCAAAUGAUCCAUUGAAAAAAUGGCCUGUGGGUUUCGUAUUUGGUUUAACUAGAUUAAGUGUCAUCGCUCAAGGAAUUGCUAUGAGGGUUAAAAAAGGUUCUGCCUCUUCUGCAAAUGCUACAGCUUUCGGUUCUUUGUACCCAUACUUAGCCGAAAUAUGUAUGGAGAAUAUCAAUCAAUCCCAUUUAUAG